CCAAAGUCCACCAAACAGCUACUACUGUCGGAAAAAAAACAUAUGUUAUUGGUGGCAUCGAUGAUGAAUCAGCAAUUGGAGUGCGGAUUUUCAAACAAUCUAUGGGUGAAUUGGUAGUUCCUAUUGUGUUGGGAAUAGAACCCAAGCUGUUUAUGGGUCAUUCAGCUGUGGCUUUGAGUGAUGACCGAAUAUUGGUUCUUAAAGGGAAUUCUAGCUCUGAUGACUGCACUUGGUUUCUUGAGGUGGACACCCCAUUUGUAAGAGAGCAGAAAAAGAAUUUUGAAACUGAGGUGGUUGCCUGGAGUAAAGGUGUAAUUGGUACCGCUGAGAAGCCCAUUGUUAUCAGUGGUCCUUCCGGAGUGGGAAAGGGUACAUUGAUAUCCACACUAAUGAAAGAAUUUCCGGACCUGUUUGGAUUUUCUGUGAGCCACACGACCCGUGCUCCAAGGGACAAGGAGAAGAAUGGGGUCCAUUACCAUUUCACCGAGAAAGGUGUUAUGGAGAAGGAGAUAGAGGGUGGGAAGUUCCUUGAGUUUGCUUCUGUUCAUGGAAAUCUUUAUGGAACCAGUGUAGAAGCCGUUGAGGUGGUUGCAGAUGCAGGGAAGAGAUGCAUCCUUGACAUUGAUGUUCAAGGAGCAAGGUCUGUGAAGGCUAGUUCUCUUGAAGCAAUUUUCAUCUUCAUCUGCCCUCCCUCAUUUGAGGAGCUGGAGAAACGCCUUUGUGCUAGGGGUACCGAGACAGAGGUACAGAUCCAAAAAAGACUCCGAAAUGCUAGGGCUGAGCUUGAACAAGGAAACUCGCCCGGCCUGUUUGAUCAUAUCUUGGUAAAUGAUGACCUGCAUACUUGUUACGAGAGUCUUAAGAAACUGUUAUGUCUUAAUGAAGGCAUGGAUAAUAUUCAAAAACCAUCACCCAGAUUAGUCGGCCUCCCCACGGACCAUUCUGUAUCAAAAAUCGAUCAGAAGAUCCUGAUAGACAGUGGUGGUGCGGAAGUAGAACAGGCAUCGAAGAACUUGUAUGUGCUGGAUUUAUCUCUGCUUAAAGGAGGCGCACCGGGACGGACAAGAGGACUAAACAUGUAUCCCAUUAAUCAUUUGGCUAAUGGUGUAAACGGGGUCAAACAGCUUAGCUAACUUCUCUACCCCCUAACUGAUACUAACUCAUUAUUUCUUGUCUUAUCUAUGUCAUGUUUUCAUUUCUAGAAUCAACUUAGAAGUCUACUGGUUUAAUCUUUCAAAAGCUUUGGAGUUUAACUUGUCAACAGUCUUUGCUUGAGAAAGGAUUGGAUUUAGAGAAGUAGCAUUUGAACUUGGUUUAUGUUCGCUUGAGCUUAU